AUGGAUGCAACUCUCAAGCAUACAUCUGUGAAUGCCGGGCUGGGCUUUGCCGUCAGCCCUCACCAUGACCUACAACGUGAAGACUCCGAGCAUGUCGCCGAGUUUGCAAGCCAGGUGUCCGACAUGACUGCCGACAAUAGCACUGUGACUUUUUCCCGCGGUACCGCGAGGGAGGAGGAGGGUUGGACCGACUCCGACGAUGACUCGUCAGCCACCACAAACAACACUCAUGGCAUCACGCAGCGGUCGCGAGCUCCCUUUGGCCCGCCAUCCGUUCACUCUUCCGUCUUCGUGUCCAGGAGCCUGCCCCGGACCUUGGCUGCCACCAUCUCUACCAUCGAGCCGCGCUUGGCUCCGCGCAGCAAGUCGGCUCACAGGCUCCAAAGCCCUCCCGAGUCCCGAUCACCAUCCGAACACACGCGCCGAUUCAAGACUCCGCCACCGCCGCCACCGCCGCGGCCCCCGUCUCUGCCUCAAACCCGAUUGGUAUCAAUCGCUCGUGCUAGUCCAUUCGAAACCCACUCCCCAACGCCAGACCCCACACGGCCAAGUUCUAGGUUCAGUGAAGCUGUAUGGGCUCAGACCAGUACCUACGAUCCCACAUGGAAGCUGGCUGUAGUAAAACGGGGGCUGGAAAUUUCUGAAGAUGACUCGACUGAUGAGCUUCCAGGUUUGGGAUACGAGCAAGACGACUUCGAAUAUGGGAGCCUCGGUGAUGUGGACGAGGACGAGGACCAUGAAUAUAGCGAUCAACCGGGAAAGGGAAAUUUGCAACGGCUGGCCGACCAAUAUGCGAAGCUGCGACAUAGAAGAGCGGUGCUAGGUGAUGUCUUCGCUAGCAUCCGGUCCAAGCGGACCCAGGUCCAGGACUUGCGUCAUAGGAAAGACGAGGCGGACCGCGCAUUUAUGGCAGCUGUGCAAGCCGUUCUGCCGCACACCCAAGCACUAGACCGACUGUUCAGGACCAUGCAGACGAAUCUGCUCCAGUGCCAAGAGGCAGAGCAACGCUUCGAUGACAUGAUAGACGACCUCCAGAAUGGCGAGGCCGAACUCGAAUCCGAGGAAACGAAAUUCCUCAUUGCCGCAGGCGCAACCAGCAUAGCACUCGGUGAUGAGACGGACGAUGACAGUUGCUCACAAGCUACUGGAGACAUAGCGUUACGGGGCAUCACUGGCGACCGCCCCCAGGUUUUUCAUCCCCUGUUCGAACAGCUUCGGGAAACUGUCCGAGAUCUACAACUAGCGAAGGAGCUCUUGGCGAACACCAAAAUGAAAAAGAUGGCCUUCGGCGCGAGGAAGUCUCAGACUCUAUCUGAGGACAGCCUCGACCUGCUUCAGACUUAUGGGGGUGCCGGGAAGAAGAGAGCUCUCGAAUUGAGGCGCUCCGAGCUUAUGACGGAAGAGGACCUGGAAGAACUCCAGGAAUACCAUGACCUGGAGCAGAAGGCAAUUGCAGACGUUGGGGUCUUUACGGAUAGGGCCCAAUAUCUGGAAAGCAAAUGUUUAGAGCAGGGUGUCAUGCCGGAGGAUAGCCCCUUUCGGCAGGGCGGUUUUGGGUGCGACCCAACUUCCAGGGACGAAAUCAGCCUUGGAGCCGAACCGUCUGAUAGCAUCCACUCAAGAGGUUAUCCCAAGACCUUGGCCCAUCCCGUAUUCCCAAGCCUUCUCUCCAACCCGACGCAUCUGCUCGAGAGCUUCCCCCAGACGCCAACGGAGUCUCUAAGGAUGGCUGUUUCUCUACCCUCUACCUUGCCGACGAGGGAGCAGCACAUCGACGAUGCGGCUCGUGAAGUCAACAUCCACCUGCUUCUCAGCGAGACCAGGACAGGAGACAAGAGUGACUACAUCAACCGUUGGCUACUUCACAAGCUCCACUUCUCCGCCAUGGAGGCUGAACUUCUGUGGUGUACUUUCCGUUCGCGGCUCAAGAUCCUUGAUAUCGAUCGUUGGCAGCAGGACGUGCUUCACUUCUGGUGGCGCGACCAGGCUGCCAACUUACCCCCCGCGCUAUUCGAGAACAUUUACGCGGGGCGGAGCUCAGCGUCCGUCGACCCAAAAAACGAUCACCCUUCGAGAACAUAUUCCGACUCCGGUCAGUUGGAUGGUUUGAAGCAUUGGGACAUCGAGGAGGCUUGGCCAUGA